AUGCUGAAGCCUUUCAAGCCGCUGACUAUCCGCAAGGAUGCGCAGAAAGGCACUGAUGACCCUCAACCGCCCGCAGCCAAACGCCGCAAGGUGAGUGAAGAUGUUGAAGAUCGUGUCGAAAGCAAGACUCCCGCCUCAAUACGUGCACCAGUCCCCACUCUCGCACAUCCUCGACCGCCUCUGCAGACCGUUGCAAAUCCACCGAGUCCACCAAGGGAGAAGCUCACAGCCUUUGCCAACUACUACUCAGUCCUUUGGCGUGUCCCUACGAACAAGAAGAACAAAACCUGGUCUGGAGAUGGUACCUUGGUAGUUACAGCCGGUACAGCAACAUUCUACGAUGGCACGGGCAAGCAGAUGGGUCGCAAGCCUUUCUCUGAACCGUUGCUGCCAGGGUCCGCGUUGUCUCUAGGCGGCAAAGAGCUGGAGGUGGAAAGCCUGCUUAGCAAGGAGGAAUUCGUCAACAUCAUGAAGCCGAAAAGGCAAGCUAAGAGCAUGCCAUCGCCUGCGCAGCCUCCUGCGAAGAAUACGCCUCCCAAGCCUUCUCUCAAGGAUAAGUUGAAGACGGCCAAAGCUGAGAGCAAGCCAACGCCUGUGACAGUCAACAAAGCACUUCUUCAACCUUUCAAGGGCACCACUACGAAGAUUCCGAACUUGGACAAACCUGUGCCCAGACACGACCCUAAUGCUGCUGGUGCUGUCGUCUUCAAGCGUCCGAAGAAGGCGCCCGAGGGCAGACAGAUAGUUGAUGUGGUGCUGGAUCCAAUGUUGUCCAAGAAACUACGGCCGCAUCAAAAAGACGGCGUCAAAUUCAUGUACGAAUGUGUCAUGGGUCUGCGAGAGCACGCGGGUGACGGCUGCAUUCUAGCCGAUGACAUGGGUCUAGGCAAGACAUUGCAGACUAUCGCACUGCUAUGGACGUUGAUUAUGCAGAACCCAGUCUACAAGGCACCUCCGGUCGUUAAGAAGGCUCUGAUCGUCUGUCCGGUCGGAUUGAUCAAGAAUUGGAAGAAAGAGUUCAAUAAGUGGCUGCCCUCGCAGUAUGUGGGCGUGCUCGAGCUCGAAGACGCCAAGCAGGUCAAGCACCUGGAUGGGAAAGCCUUCAAGGUCAUGAUCAUUGGCUAUGAGCGCCUUCGAGCACUUGCUGACGACUUCGCUGAAGCUCAUGAUAUCGACAUUAUCAUUUGCGACGAAGGUCAUCGUCUCAAGACAGUCAAGAACAAAGCGGCCAAGGCUAUUGAAUCGCUCAACACGUCUCGUCGAGUGAUUUUGUCUGGUACGCCUGUUCAAAACAACCUCAACGAGUUCUACGCGAUGGUCAACUUUGUGAAUGACGGCUGUCUCGGUUCCAGCAAAGCAUUUGCCAAGGAUUUUGAGACACCAAUCAUGAAGAGUCGACAACCAGAUGCGACAGAGGACGACAUCGAACGUGGCGAGGAAGCAAGCGAAGAACUGUCCAGGACGACCGCGCCAUUUAUCUUACGAAGAACAGCCGACAUCUUGGCCGGCUUCCUGCCGCUGAAGAAUGAGUACGUGCUUUUCUGCAACCCGACACCUGAGCAAGCACUCGUGUACCAGAGUGUGGUCAGCUCAGCAAUGUUUAGCUCCGCGCUGGGCAGUAUGGACACUGCACUACAGCUCAUCACAAUACUGAAGAAAUUGUGCAACAGCCCAGCCCUGAUGAAGUCCACCACUAGCAGUGAUGCCCCAACCUCGUCAUCACUGGCUACUUUGAACGAGAUGCUGCCUGCGAAGACGUCGAGAUACUAUCACAAUAGGCUUUCUUCGAAGAUCAGACUGCUAGAUAUUCUUUUGCAGGAGAUCAAGAAGACAACUGACGAGAAAGUCGUCCUGGUCUCGAACUACACCUCGACUCUCAAUCUUAUGGCAGACUUUCUUGAGAACACUGGCUUGAAAUAUCUGCGACUCGAUGGCUCUGUUCCAGCGAAGAAGCGACAAGGUCUUGUGGAUCAAUUCAAUAGAGCAAAGUCAACACAGCUUUUCGCGUUCCUGCUAAGUGCGAAGGCUGGCGGUGUCGGCAUCGACCUGACUGGUGCAAGUCGACUGGUUCUGUUCGAUGUCGACUGGAAUCCGGCGACAGACGAGCAGGCUAUUGCCAGAAUUCAUCGACAGGGACAGAAACGUCCGACUUACAUCUACCGCUUCCUCAUCAAAGGUGGCCUCGAGGAGCGUAUUUGGCAGAGGCAGGUGGUCAAGCUGAGUCUCGCAGACAGCAUCGUCGACAGCGGGAAUGGCAAACCAAAGAAGAAGGGAGCUCGUAGUAGCGGCGGUGGGAAAGCUACAUUCAGUCUGGACGAACUCAAGGACCUUUUUCGAUUCGAUGCCAGUCCCAGCCUGCGCACUCAUAAUCUGAUCAACUGUCCUUGCGGUGGGAAUGGUGACGUGUCAAUUCAAUCCAGUCGAGCGCAAACACCAGACGAGACCGAUGAUGAUGCUGACAUCUCAUCCUUCGUGCGCUCAUCCCAGCUGUCCGAAGGCUACCCGGAGGACGAGAGCGGGAUCACGUCGCCCGUGAAGCGAGCACGAAAGAAACGUCAGCUUGAGGAUGCUGAUGCCGAGGCAGAAGAGCUGAUGAAGUACACUCAUCUAGACACGAGAGAUGUCUGCGAGCUGCCUGAGGACGACAUGCGAUUAAUACAGGUAGAAGAGAAGAUCAGUGAUUCAUGCUUAAUGCAUGUGCUUCGACAAGAUCAAGAUGUGGUCGGCGGAGGCGUUGCCUAUGUGUUCAAGAAGACGAAGGGUGUUGAGAGGGUCACUGAGACCAGCGCUGUAUCAUCAGAAUGA